CCACCUAUACCACUUUCAAGCCCAGAAGACUGACAUCCAAGUCUUGGUAAACAGCAUCCUAGCCAAAGCGCCUUACCACUAGAAUACACCAUACACAACCGCCCAUCAUGACCGACACCACCGAGCCCAAGGUCGACGCGACCGUCAAGCCCGCCGAGGGUGAGGAGAAGCCCGUCACUUCGUCCUCCGUCUUCUCCAUGUUCGGAGGCGGCGCCAAGAAGGAGAAGAAGGACGAGGAGGAGGACCGUGGCGACAACUCUGGCAGCGCCAAGGCUCAGCGUGAUGCUGCUGCCGCCGCCAAGGGCGACGACGAGGAUGAGGCGCCCGAGUCCGAGGAUGUCCACUUCGAGCCCGUCAUCAAGCUCACCGAGAAGGUCGAGACCAAGACCAACGAAGAGUCCGAGGAGCAGCUCUUCAAGAUGCGCGCCAAGCUCUUCAAGUUUGUCCGCGAGUCGAGCGAGUGGAAGGAGCGCGGCACCGGUGACGUCCGGCUGCUGAAGCACAAGGAGAACGGCAAGACCCGUCUUGUCAUGCGCCGCGACAAGACCCUCAAGGUCUGCGCCAACCACUACAUCGUGCCCGACAUGAAGCUGUCCCCCAACGUCGGCUCCGACCGCAGCUGGGUCUGGAACGCUGCCGCUGAUGUCAGCGAGGGUGAGCCCGAGGCUGUCACCUUUGCCAUUCGCUUCGCCAACCCUGAGAACGCCAACCUCUUCAAGGAUGCCUUCAUCCAGGCCCAGAGGGACAACGAGGUUCUCUUCAACAAGGAGAGCGCCGCUACCAGCACUGAGGCUACCGAGGAGAAGAAGGAGGAGGAGACCAAGGCUGAAGAGCCUGCUGCCUCCUCGUAGAUUGAGCGUGGCCAAUACUUCACAUCUUGUUGUGCAUUACAGCCAGAAUGUGAUGCCAACAUAUGAGCAGAAGUGGACUGGAGCAUGCUGCUUCUCUGGCUUAGCUGGUGAACCCAGUUCUAAUACCGGGGUAUUACCUGCAUUUGCUGGUGCAAUCACACGGGUGCAUUCAUCUCUUGAGUGCA